AUGCUGCGACGCCGCGCGGGUACUCACGGCUUCCGGCCGGAGCCGAGUGGCAGAGCGCACAAAAGCCAAACACACGAUCGCGGAUUGAGCAAAAAGGAUGUAAUAAGAUCUGUACGCAAGAGGAGGGUGCUGAAAAGACGCAUUGUGGAUGACGGAGAUGUGUCGGAGCCGGCAAAUGAUGCUGGCAACUGCGACUGUGGUUGCGAUAGACACAUCAAGCGCCGCCUCUCGCUGCUGCUGCAGCGCUUCUUCGCAUCCAAGCAGAGGUGGAUGGAUAGUCUCAAAGUGGAGAGGCGUCGCCCGGCGGAGCUGGAACGCGUAAGCGCUGCGAUACAGCAGAACGGGUUACAUGCCCUGGCCAGUGACAACCUCGACCUGGAUACCAUAGAGCUAGAUAUUUCGCGGCAGCAGUGGAUCUCCGAUCACGAAGACCUGUGCCGAGUAAGGCAGGCGCUGCUGGUGUUCUGCCUCGUCAACAAUGUGGGAUACUGGCAGGGGCUGCAUGACGUGGCAGCUGCGCUGGUGCGUCUAAAGCCGAAGCCGAGUGUAGGAGAGUUGGCGGCAAUUCUGGAGAAGCUAAUAUGGAGGUUCGCCGCAAUACUCAUGCGAACAACGGAUGAAAACAUCGUCACAGAUGCCAGCAAAAUGGCGGCAAAGUGGAGGCUCAUGUUCCUAUUCUUCUUCCCCAGGGCUGCAACCGACCUCGAGAGGGUAUCGGACUCGAACUCGUGGAACAUCAACUGGUUUCUCACGCUGGGGUUCUACAGGUUUGGGUGUGCUUACAUCGCGCUCGCCUACGCCUACACGGCCAUACUGUGUAGCGCAGGGUGCAUGACGGCGUUCAUGUACCACGAGUUGGGCUACCUUGGGAUCAGGGGGUACAUGACGUACCGCCUGCAGAAGAACCAGCAGAUAUCGCAUCCAAAUGCGAACUUGUUUGAAGAGGAGAUUGGCGAGGAAACUAUAUCGCGGGCGGUGACCAACUCGAAAAUGAUACUACUCACGCCGGAAGAGCUCAUUAACGUAUCCCGGAAUCUAUACGACACACUUAACGACAAAGAGUGUGAAAUGGCCGAAUUCCCCAUACUACCGAUACUCAAAAUGUCGAACUUCUUGUACAAUAGAAGUCCGCUUAUCCUAUACAAAAACCAUGACCUGCAACCAAAAAAUGUAGUGCAAAUAGGCAUUUCGGAUAUAUUUAAGGAAAACGAAACGCAAAGACCGGCCGAGGCUCCGACCAGGCAAUCGCAAGUAGUUGCAAGGGAGCUUCUUAAGAGAGUGGCAGAAGCGAGGCAACACUCCAAAAUCAGCGACAGGCUCAACAACGAGCUGCUUAAUGUAUACCUGAAAAACCUGUAUGCAAAUGUACUCAAGAAGUCGUUCAUAUUCCCAUCCAGGUUUGAAGGCGCUAUCGCACGAAAGGCUACUUUCACAUACCAUAUAAUCGACGUCAGGAGCCAGUACCUCACCUACGGAGAGGCGUUACAGUUCUUCUUUGGCGACAUCAACGUCACAUACCUGACGGACUCGCAACUCAACGAUUUCGCCAGAGGGGUCAACCACACACAGACGUUCACAGUGUGGCUCAUAGUCACGGAUGACGGGUUUGAAAACCCGAGUGACUCGGCGUCAACGGAGUCGCUCAACAGAGGCAUUGCCCUUUACUGGAUGUUGUCGAGAACGUGCACCGGUGUAGCGAUUCUGAAAGGCGGGUAUAAGGCGCUUCUAAAGUGGAAAAAACUGCCCGUUCCGGCAAAAAUCAAUAUACCCUUCUUUAAGAAGAUUAUGGACUGGAUGCCCAUGGGAAAGGACCAGGGACCCAAGAUUGCCAUUCAAAACGUCGUUGCAGCCAUCGAUGACACUUUCAGCGAUUUGUCUGGCAGGAUAAAGCACGAAGUAACGUCAAGGAUUGGUUUGUUCAGGAGGAAUUCGCGGCGAUCGGCAAGAUCGACCGACGGAAAGGAACACCAUAAGCCGAAAAAGAAAGUCGCAUGCAUGCGAUACGUAGUACGAGUGGCAAUCAAAAGCCUCGGAUAUGUAACUUUCGGCUCAAACGGGGCAAUCAAGCUCAACGGGAUCAUAUGGCAUCCCUCUACUUUCGCAAGGCACGCAAACAACCCCCUGGCCAGUGUUAUUCUUUACCUGGCGAACCUCUUCCAGAUCACCAGCGCAGACGGCUUCCAGGAAAUUGUGCCAAGAGGCGCCGAUCUAAAGAUGGCGAGGGACAUCACAAAACGUCCCAUGUCUGACUUUGGACAACGGCUGACUAACUGCACGCUGCUGCUGCACCGCAACAGGCGUACCACCGACGUGGUGCCGGUGGACCGAGUCCUAUCACUGGCUGUGAAGAUGUCACACAGGUGCGCGCAUGCGAUGCACAAGGAUGCGGCUGAAACCUGGUGGGUCACUAUCGCAACAGAUCGAACAGCAAAUGCUGCGCCUUUGGCGGGCGAAAUGGUGCUCAACACGUACAUUGCCAUAUCUUUAGAAGGCGGAGGUGACAGCGAUUAUGACGACUCACUGGACGAAGACUCGGAGUGUAACGGAGACUUCUGGAGGGGAAAACACACCGCCUACAACCAGUGCUGGGGGCAACAAGAGUUCUGUGCCUCAAACAGCACGCUGGUGGAGUCAUUUGCGGCGUUGGAGAAAGGUUUGGAUGGGAUCAGUGGCGGCGGCAUGGUGGAGCGCGGGGUGGCGCCGAUAGACCUCAGCCUACUAAAUGCCAACACUGCCCUGACAUAUCAGCGGGCGGUCCCAAGGGAGCCUUCCAUAUGUAGCGAACGACGACCACACGUUUUCUCAAGGAGAAUCAAGUCGCAAUCGAAGAGCGUCGAAGUCAACACGAGCACGCCUAACACCCAAACCGUGCCCACAAAUGCAGUGAAUAGAUCAAAAAAUGUAUUCCUUCCCAGAAACCAGCUCAAGAGGGCGCUAAUCGCAAGGAACAUCAGUGGACAGGGGCACAACACGUACAGUAGCGUGUAA